AUGGCAAAGAUGCAUUCCAGUGGAAGAGGGCGCUCGGGAAGCGUUAAACCAUAUGACACUGCAUUCCCAACAUGGCUGACAAAGUCGGUAGAUGAGAUCAAGGCAGAUGUGGUCCAGAUGGGGAACAAAGGAAUUCCUGCACCUGAUAUAGGGAAAAGGUUGAGAGACGAGUAUGGUGUUGGGAAUGCCAAAGAUGUUCUAGGGUGUGACAUCACAAAGUUUCUGGAGAGGAAUGGGGUAGUUCCUAAAAUUCCUUUUGAUCUUGAAUCACUUGUCCGUCGAGCAAACACUCUUCGAAGUCACCUGAACAUCUACAGGAAGGACAACUCUGCAAAGUAUAGGCUUAUUCUUGUUUCAUCUCGGAUGUAUCGUGUUGCAAGAUAUUACAAGCGCACAAUGAAGAUUCCGGGGAACUGGAAGCCAAAGCUCGUUGAACUCAUUAAAUGA